UGUUUUCGUAUUUCAAGUCUCUCGGGAAAGGCAAAGGCAAGCGUUCAUCGGUCAUUCAGCAGGACGGCGCUGCCACUCCCAAAAGAAACUCCACGUCGAAACCCAGCGCAAGCCAGGAUGGCAAAGAUGUUAGCCCCUUACAAGAUGCAAGCCAGAUGGAUAUCCUGUUCCUGCAAGACACGACCGGCAGUCAGGGGCCCUACAUCGAGGCAGCCAAGUCCGCAAUCAAGAGCAUCUGCCAAAAGAUCACGGCCUCGACAUCCAUCGCACCUGAGGCUAUCCGGUUCGGGCUCAUCGCCUUCCGCGACCACCCCCCACAGGACAACACAUACGUGACAAAGAACUUCGGGUUCAGCUCCAAGAUCUCUGUGAUGGAGAAGAACCUCAAGUCGCUGGUCGCGAGCGGCGGUGGUGAUGGCCCGGAGGCGAGCACGGCGGCACUCGCGGAGGGGCUGAAUAUGGGCUGGGGGGAGAACGCGACGAAGAUGAUGGUCUUGAUUACAGACGCGCCGCCUCAUGGGAUUGGGGAAGUUGGGGAUGGGUUCGACGCGUCGCCUGAUCGGAAUGACCCGUUGGAUAUUGCUCGCCAGAUGGCGGAGAGAGGAAUCACUCUGGUUGUCGUCGCCUGUGAGCCGGAGUUGAGCCGGUACAAGGACGCUGUGGACUUCUACACCGCCUUGACCGAGAUUACUGGGGGAAAGAUGUUCCCGCUAACCAUGGCCGACCGCCUUGGAGAUUACAUCGCCGGAACAGCAGUCGAGACGAUCGAAACUGAAAAGCUAAUCGGAGAGUACAAGGCCAGCAUCGUCGAAGACGUCUACGGGCAAUCGCGUCCGCUGGAAGACGUCAUGGAAGAGGUCCACAACAAGCUCAAGGAUCGAGGCGUAAAGAUGAACAAGAUCGAAGUUGAGAAUGUUUACAACAAGUCAGAAGCGACCGAGGACAACGUCACGAAUUGGAAGACGGCGGUAAGCGUGGGAGAGGGGAGGGGGAAGGUGGUGGAUGUGGAUUACCCCAGGAUGCAAGAGGAAUAUUCGUCUGGAGCGCGGGCGCCAACGGUCGCGAUGACGGAAGGCGCGGUCGAAUAUGCUCAGGCGAAGAGAGUUGUGAUGCAGAGCGUUAUGCGCAGCUCCAAAGUGACGGCCAGUGGAAUGGUAAAGAGGUAGG